UAUUUUCCAGCCCAGCAGAGGACACGAGUGGAGGUGCGGUCCAGGAGCGUGAGCCGGCACCAAUCAUGCCGCUUGCAUUGCUGGUACCGACCCGUCCCCACCAGUCCAGUCUAUAAGAGCGACGGGAUCACGGAAACCUGUUCACCGCUGCGCCGCCUCACUAUUGACUGUCGGAUUCCCCACUCGCCGGCGACAACCGCCGCGCCCGAUCCGUCUGCUAGGUCUUGCACCUCCGGGCUCUGGCCAUGGCUGCCGAAGCUGGCCCAAUCUCCAAGGUCCUCAUCGUCCGAUGCAGACGGAGGCGAUGCCGCUCGUCCACAAGUUCAAGCUCGUCGAGGCGCCCGCCCACGAAUCCACAUUUCCUAAAGGUGCCCCAUGGGUUAGGUACCAUGGCAACUACAAAGGCCUCCACAUUGACCUUGUAUUGCCUGGAAAGGAUGCUGUUUUAGGAGUCGACAGUGUUGGUACGGUAUCGGCAGCUCUUUUGACUAGUUUUUCCAUUCAAACAUUGAAGCCAGACCUUAUCAUUAAUGCUGGCACUGCUGGUGGCUUCAAGGCCAAAGGGGCAAGCAUUGGAGAUGUAUUCCUGGCAUCAGAUGUUUCAUUCCAUGACAGGAGGAUACCAAUACCUGUUUUUGACAUGUAUGGAAUUGGAGCACGGAAAACUUCUGCAGUUCCUAAUAUCUUGAAGGAACUCAAUUUGAAGAUUGGCAAAUUGUCGACUGGGGAUUCUCUGGAUAUGUCUCCCCAGGAUGAGAAGGUGAUACUGAGCAAUGAUGCUACAGUAAAGGAUAUGGAGGGAGCUGCUGUGGCAUAUGUCGCCGACAUGUUUUCAACGCCAGCGAUCUUUGUGAAAGCCGUGACUGAUAUCGUGGAUGGGGAGAAGCCAACAUCUGAGGAGUUUCUGCAGAACCUGAUUGCCGUGACGGCGGCACUGGACCUGGCAGUCACCAAAGUGGUGGAUUUCAUCAGCGGGAAACGCAUCUCUGAUCUUUGAAGGCUGUCAUGAAAUCCGACACCCCCACUGCUCUGAUGCACGAUGCUAGGCUACGAACAAUACAACAUUGGGUCAACGAUUUUUUGUGAGGUGUUUUCUAUGUGAGGUUAAACCUUCUUAACCCUGUGUACAAAAUUCCUGCCAAUUGCUAUGGGCCGGCCAUAGCGUGGAAUUUUGUAGAAUAAUUUGCAAAAUGUAUUUUGUGGUGCAAAUAUCGAUAUAUAAUAAUAUGCUGGGGGACGGGAUCCCCGUGGGAUUAGAUGAAAGACCGUGUGACUGUGCCUCACUGAACCAUGAUUCCCUUUUUUGUCCAGGGCGGACCUAGGUAGUGCCUAGUGAGGAUACGGAGGUGUCCUACUCCUAAUCCAGAUGUUGGAACGGGGAUGUUUGGAGCAACGUGGACUCGGGGCCAAGAAAGGAGCAGUGUCAGUCUUGUCAUUGUUGUCUAAGGGUGUGUUUAGUUUACUUUUGGCUUUAACUUUUGCUUCGUAAAAGCCAAAAGCUAAAUUAAAAAGCUGGAUCUAGAAAGCAGUUUUUUCUGAAAACUGACUUUCUCGUAUUAUAAAAUUGAAAGCAUGGGAUUUUCUUU